GGAAAAGAAGGGAAACCGUUCGCAUGUAAGCAUACAUGAAUGCGAGCAAUCAAACACCGGUGGCUCCAGGCUCCUCGAUCCACGUUCGCGAGCUCGAAGCCUGCCUCCGCAGGGAAGCGGAGGAGCCUGCUUUCACCACGCCCAGUAUUGCGCGCUGGGCCCCCGCAGCGCUGCGCUCCGCCCCGCGUCCAUCUCGUCCUCCCCGCCCGCCCUCCGCAGGUUCUCCGGCUGAUCUCGUUACCCGCCCCCUUCCCGGCUCUGGGGCUCUUGGACCCUAUUUGGUCAUCCGGAGGGAGCGCCGAGCGAGCGAGCGAGCCAGGCAGCUAGCGCGGAGCCAGCGCAGCGCGCAGGAGAGGCGGAAAGGUCCACGUUGCGGGCUCUGCUCAGCGCCUGGGGAGCGAGGACUGGCGUUGGCCGCAGGCUCCACGCAGAUCCCGCGCCACUCUCUGUUCCCUUCACGACCGGCCGGCUGGCCUGCCUCGGAACAAUGAGACUCUCCGCCGUAGCGACUUCGGCUCCCUUGCUCGUGGUUGCGCUGCAGGUGCUGCUCCUUUUGGAAGCUGCUCACAGCCAAUACCUGACAAAUGCCACAAAUGAAACUUCAAAAAUUCCAACCACUGUUACAGUACUCAAACAAAACCUGACCUCUCCCACCGUCCAUCCUACGUCCUCCUCACUGUCCCCAAACUCUUCCAGUAAGACAACAGGCUCUACCCCUAAAGCUACCGAGCCAUCUCAGGUCAUCCACUCCUCCACGCCUGGGAGGAACAGCACCCUGAAGCCUCCAGCGACGACCAAGAGCACCCCUCAGAGCACAACCACCCAAAGCAUGCCCAAAUCAACAACCACAGUCAGCAACAGCUCUGUGGUGACCACAGCUGCCCUGGGCACAGCCACAGCCAACAUCAAUGCCAAAAUGAACAAAGGAUCAAAAUUUGAUAUCGGCAGCUUUGUUGGUGGCAUUGUACUCACUCUAGGAGUUUUAUCUAUCCUCUACAUUGGAUGCAAAACAUAUUAUUCAAGAGGUAUUCGAUACAGAACCAUUGAUGAACACGAUGCUAUCAUUUAAAGAAAAUCAUCUGAGAACCAAAGCAAAGGAAGAUGGUGCAACCCUCGUCAUUAAUUUUGGAAAAUGUUUCCCUCUUGAAAAACAUAUAAACAGAUAAUUCCCACCAAGUAAAAUAUAGUCUAUGAAUGUGGUUACUCAAGGUAAAAAGAGUUGUUUGCAUUCGUUCUUGUUUUGUUUUGCUUUGUUUUUUAAUGAAAAGACUUGACUGUUUCAAGAUCACAAAUUAAUAGAAAGCUUGUGUACUCUUUCCACAUAUACACUUAAAAAUAAAUGAGUUUCGACACAGUAAAAGCCAUUCACGGUGGUGUGAAAUUGGCUCCAAGACUCAGCAAUUGGAAGGCAGCCACCCAAAAGGCAGAGAUAUCAUCUGGGCAUCCACUGCCUCCUCAGUGGAUCCACACUCUCCCCUGGGACAUGAGAAGUGCCCCGAGAAGUGCCAGCUUUCCCAGUCUGCCAGUGGGCUAGAUAAAGCAGAAACUACUCUGCCUGCUAAUGGAGAUUGGGGGUGCCGAUCAUAAUCAGUCUUAAAAUGGGGCCCUUGUUUCCUCAACCAUACAAUAUUAUUCAGGGUAGUUUAUUAAAAUCCCCCUCUAAGCCUUCCCCAAAUUUUAAAGAGUAACCCCAAAGUUUUGCUUUUAGAGAGUUUUACCUAGCUGUGUUCCAUGAAGGAUGCCAGCUGGGAAGUUUGGAUUUUUAUUUUUUAAGUACUUUCCACUUGAGCUUUUUUUAAUGGUAGUUGAUGGGCAGCCUUAUUUUUUUACUUUUCCUUGCCAUGCUUUCAGCACAUUAUGUUUACCGUGUGAUUACAGACUCUUACGAACAAAACAAAUCAGAUUGGCAAGACAGGAAAGCGCUUACACUGUAGAUUUUUUUUUUUACUACUGUGAACAUUUAGAUUGCCACUGGAAAUUGCUUCUGGUUCAACUACAUUCAGAAAUGUCUAAGGAAGGCUCUCCCCCCCUCAUUUACAACAAUUUUACUCUUUUUGUGACUCCUGGCCUCUUGUAGGACAGUUGUAGAGAGCAGAGAUCGUACAUCAUGAAAGUGACACUCGUAUUAGCAAAAAAAAAAAAAGUAUUGUUGGACAUGAUUCAGAGUCAUUCACUGCCCAAGACUGUUCUCUGUGAAUCUCAGGGCAAGUGACGAGCGGGAUAUCUAGUCACACUGAAGGCAACCAAAGUAAACCAUCCUAAAAUCUAUCUAUCGAAGGUGCCAAGAAGACUCCAUUCAUGAGACCAGAAGGAAUAUUUUUCUAACCAGUUCUUGCUUGCAGAAAAUCCUUGGCAUCUGAUGGACGUUAAAUGGUGGUUGUACCCUGUGGCCAAGAGAUGUAAUCAAUAUCGGGCCAGCAGCCGCUGAUCCAGAGACUAGAGUCCAUUUAGUAAGAAAGAUGUGAUGGGGGCCCCGUGUGAUAUGGAAUCGGCCAAACGGGAGCCUCUCUAACCCCACGUCGGUCGCUCUGCCAUUCAAUGCUUUUGUUUCCUCCUUCAUAAAAAUAAAUGAGCGUGAGAAUAGGAAGACCUGUCUUCUUCCUAAGUCUGGUGCGGGAAUUGGUGUUUUCUCGGUUUGUUCCACACCACCCUGUGAGACUGCUGUUGGAAGUCUAUGGGAACUUGUGUGGAGCAGCCCUCCUGAGUUGUUCUAAAAUACUUGUGUCACACUUUGAAGAUGACAAGCUCCUGAAAUUCUGAAUAUCAUUAUUUGCUUUAAAAAUGUUCUACUUUGUCUUCUGCUUUUGAACAAUUGAUAUUGCUUUCCUCCUAUUUUUUACAUGACAGUAUAAUUUGUUAAUAUGAUAAUAUCAUUAUUUACAAAAGCCAACUCCAUUAUCUGUUCCUCUUAAUCCCUUUUCCCCUACCCCCCAAAAUUAGAGCAACUAAUACAGAUAAUCAGAAGUAAUUUUUAUUUGACUUGGUAUUACAUUCUGGCAUUUUUGAUUGUGUAUUUAUUCUCUUAAUUAUGUUGACUUAGGCAGAUAUUAAAAUUAGUUUGCAUUCGGCUGACUUGACAAAAGAUGAACAUAGUCCAGGUGCACAGCUGGGUGAUGAACAGAAACUAGCCCAAGCUCAAAAAUUUUCCAUAAAUAAUACAGAGAAGAAAUAAGAUGGUUGAGAGUUGGCAGCAUAUUUAAACAAUUUAAAUUUUGUUUUUUCAAAAAUUUUUAAAGUAAAUUCCUGUUUCCUUUUUGUUUUUCCUUUUCUUUUGUUAUGGUAACCAGCAUUUGGGUAUAUUGUUGUUAUUGCUAAGGUCUAUUUUUAGAUAAGUAAUAAAAUGAAAAUUUGCACUUCAAAAACAAAAAAA